AUGGCUGUGGCGACGGAAGAACCGCAGUCAUUCCCGGCAGCCGCGGGGGUCGUGAGUCCGUCGGCGAUCGUGGAAGCGGCCGUCCGCGCAGCGAUCGCCUGGGCGGCGAUCGCAGAGGCUCCGAGUGUUGCAGUAAUUCAAAAAGAUGGGAAAGAAUUUGAUGCCUUUGUUUCAUAUGCAAACACCUCUUCCUUGGGGGAGGAUGAUGAGAGCAACAGUUACAUCAUUACAGAGGAGAAAUUUGCCCUGGAGCUUCUUCCGAAUGUGUUAGAGAAGCAGCAUGGAUAUAAACUGUGCCUUUUUGAGAGAGACAUACUGCCGGGAGGGGUUUACACAGAAGAUGUUAUUUCAUGUAUAAAAAGAAGCAGGAGAGUAAUAAUAGUCCUCAGCCCAAAUUAUAUUGCCCGGAAUGAUUCAAGGAUUUUUGAACUGCAGACAGGAGUCAGCAGCAUGCUUGAUAAUUAUAAAACCAAAGUGAUUUUGAUAAAAUUCCACUCUCUACCUGACAGAGUGGAUCUGCCUGAAAAUGUUAAAAAAGCCAUCACAGUGUUACCAGAGAUAACGUGGAAAGGAAAGAAAUCUUUCCCCCCAUCCUCAAAUUUCUGGAAGAUGCUCAGAUACCAUAUGCCAGUGAAGAAGAAUAAUAUUGUCACAAGUCAAAGCUUCAACUGAAACCUGUUGCCUAACUGACAGACGUGGACCUCACUGCAGUCUACAAAAGCUGAAAGACCUGUGGAUGCUGUCAAUCAGAAACAAAACAGAAAUUGCUGAAAAAGUUCAGCGGGUCUGGCAGCAUCUGUGGAGAGACAUCGGAGUUAAUGUUUUGGGUUGAGUGACCCUUCCUCAGAACUGAAAUUUUUGCCUCACUGUAGGAUGUCUGCUGUAUUUCCAUUUAAUUGUAUUCUGGAAAAUAUCUUGUCAAAUGCA